AUGACUCUCGUUAACAAAGCCUCAAAUUCCAACUCUGAGGACAGUACUGGUGAGGAGGACACAGAAAAUGAUUAUUCAGAAAGUAGUGAUAUCAUGUCAGUUUCUUCGAAUGCCAGCUCUGGUCCAAAAACAAAAGUGUCAGACUCUAAAGAUAAUAUUGCUCAAUCAAGUGUAACGGCUAAUAGUUUAAUUUUCCCAACUGCUGGAAAGUUAAAAUCACCCACUGUAGUUCAGUCAACUGACUACAAAUACGACGAAAAUCUGUUUGUAAAACUCUUGACACCUAGUUUCCAUUUAACCGAAGGCUUGAGAAGAUUUAACACGGGAAAACCAAAGGAUGCUCUCAAAUAUUUGACAGAAAACGGUAUUUUACCAGACGUUGAGGCUGGGUUAACAGAUUCAGGAGAAAGACCUGAAGCUGUCAUUUCACGAUUUUUCGCUAUUGCAGAUUCUCUAAAUAAGGAAAAGUUGGGAGAAUUCUUUGGGGACCCUAAGAAUACUGUUUAUUUGGAAGAGUUUGUAAAGUUCCAUAUUCAAGAGUUACAUAGCGAUGAAAAAAAACCUGGAGACGACACAUACAUGAGCAAAUUUGAUAGAGCUAUUCGAUCAUUCUUUAUCCAAUUUAAAUUACCAAAGGAAGGACAGCAAGUGACCAGAAUUGCCGAAGUUUUUGCCUCUGUCUACAGCAAGUACAACAAGAAUGACGGAGAAAUUAAUGGAAAUGAUGAAGCAUGUUAUUUGCUUGUUUGUUCCAUCCUUAUGGUAAAUACCCAACUUCACAACCCUGCCUCAAAUAUCAAGCUUACCCGUGAUCAGUUUGUCGGCAUGUUCUCACUCUAUAAGGACGUUAAUCAGGCCUUCAUUGGAUCCUGUUAUGACAGUAUAGCCAAGAAUGCCAUGGUAUUCUACGAUGAAGACAUUGAUGCUGAGGAUCGUACCAAUUUUGAAACAGAUGACCAAAUUGAUCUCUUCUUCAAGUGCUAUAAACCCAGAUCGACCUCUUCGUCAGCUUCAACAACACUGACCACCUCACAAAGUGAAGUUCAAUUACAUCCACACAGGGCUCUGAAAUCACUCAGCCUGGAUAACGAAAAAGUGAAACAAUUAAUGGAAGGCUCUAUUACAUUCUAUUUUAAAGCAAAAGUAAUUCAUGAUGGAGUGAUUAAUAGAAUUCAAAUCAAAGAUUCAGAUCCAAACUUGGAGUUGGCCACGCAGGAAAGCAUUAACGAGUCAGGUAUGACUGUGACCAAGGUGAAGCUUAAAGAUCCAACUCAAGUUCACGAAGAGGCCAAGUCUGGCAACUAUUUCAUUUGUUCAUACAGUGUCACAGACAGGACAAGCUUCCUUAUUGUGGAACACAUUAUCAAGGCCAUUCGAAAGAUUAAGCGAAAAGAAAGAAAAAAGGAAACUAAGAAAAACAAGUCAAGCAAGUCGAAAUCUACUUACAAUACUCUGACUGGCUCUGUUACAGAAGAACUUUUGCAAAUGCUUAACGAUGAUGAUAGCGAUUAUAACAAUGACAAGUUUAUGGUGCUAGUUGGAUGUAAGGCAGAUGUACCCGAUGAACAACGUCAAGUUUCCAAGAAGGAGGGAGGUGAACUCGCUCUCAAGUAUAGCAUUCCAUUCUUUGAAGUUUCGAAUCAUGACAUGCUGGGAAUACGAAAAGUAUUCCUUAAUGCUAUUGAUUCUCUCAAGAGACAAAAUGCAUCCUAUGUGGAUGCUGUGAAACAAAUGAAUGAUUUCCACAAGAGAAUGAACAUUGCCAAGCAAAACAAGAAGGGCCAAGUCGAUGUCAAUGCACUCGCCAUCCUCCCCAAGUGUUACAUUUAA